AUGGUGUUCCUGCCUGAGAGCCCGCGGUUCCUUUACGCAGUUAAAGGAGAGAUCAAAGCCAUCCCAGUCUUAGCCAGAAUCUACGCUUGGAACCAUAAGAAGAAGAAGGAAGAUUAUCCAGUGAAGUCCAUAACCCUGUCCACCGCGUUAGCCCAGCGCGGCUUCUGCAAGGCCUUCAAAAACUUCGGCCAGCUGCUCAAGCCGCCGCUCCUCAGAUGCGUGCUCAUCUCGCACUUCUCCAUGUUCAUGGUGUUCUGUCUUGGACGUCCCUUGGCUGAAGUCAUGAUUUGCUUCAGAUCCAGCGGGCUCUACACAUGGAUGCCCAACAUCCUGAACGAGAUGCUGUUCAACGUUCACAAGUCUGUCAGCAUGUGUGACGUCAUGGUCGCAAAGCAAAAAGCCGCAGCGGUGUCUACCCAACGCACCUGCAAGCGGAAGACCAUAAACCCCCUCGUGUUCCCGGUGUCGAUCGCCAUGGGCGUGAUCUGCGCCACCACCUACGUCGCCAUCGGCUACAUCAUGCGCACGCGCAACAAGAUUUGCAUCUACUGUUCAGUGCUGGCAGUCUGCUCGCUGAUGCUGGCAGCGUCCAGCGUGCUUCCCCAGCCGAUAGUCGCCAUCACGUUGUUCAUCGUCGGCCUGUGCUGCGGCUGCGCUGCUUCUGUGCUCGCCGCCAUUGCUGUGGAGGUGUUCCCUACCAGUGUGAGAGCCCUGGCCCUCUGCACUCUGUACAUGGCGGGGCGGUCGGGCGCAGCGGUGGGUGCCAACGUCAUGGGCCUGGCGAUGCGCGAACACUGCUUGCCGCUGUUCUUCGCCAACACACUCAUCACUGCAGGUAAGAAGCUAUGA